AUCACUUGGCAGUCCCAGUAAAGUCAGUAGAUAUGUCCAUAUACAGUACGCCGUCAUGGAUAAAGUCGACUUACAAUUAAAUCCAAAUCCUAACCAGCUGCCUAACUAGCUCUUUUGGUUUUACAACAGCUAGAUAGCUUUUAAUUCAUUUCACUCAUUAAUUUUGGCCAGUGAUUUGUUGUAACUGUAGGAAAACAAAUAACUUGCUAGAACGUGGAGGUCCAGUCCACAGUUUGAGUAGUACAGUUGAGCGUCUCAGAUCUAGAAGUAAGAAAGGGCAGUCUUGAGAAGUUUCAAAGGGCAAGAAAGGAGCUCGGUUCUUGUUUGUGACAUUACUCGGGGACGACAGAAUGAUCUGGACUCUGCUCGAGUUUACUUUAAACCAUUUGUUCAUUUUCACUUUUUGUUGCCUGGUUAUUUCUACCCUGAUUGUAAAAUGUCUGGACCACAUUCGUACGAGGAUGAAACUAGACACAGCUCAGAAAGAAAGAGAACAAUCUCUACAGCUCAUGGAGAAAAUCAGUUCAAAUUUUAAGAAGGAGAAUGCUGAUGUCGACGUUGCUCGUGUACUUUCACUGUCUCUGGCAGAGUUAGUGGAACAGCUUAGGAAAGGAGCACUAACUCCAGAAACCGCUCUUUACGCCUACAUAGAAAAGGCUCUAGAAGUCAACAAAGAGCUGAACUGUUUGACAGAAUUCCUGCCGGAAUGCGAGGCUCAGCUCCAGGAAGUAAAGAAACAGUCGGAGAAAGGAUUGCUUUAUGGCGUUCCCAUAAGCCUGAAAGACCACGUUGGAUACAAGGGUCAUAGCUCUCACUGUGGACUUGUGCAUUUUCUUGAGAUACUGGAGAAGGAAGACAGUAAUAUUGUCAAGGUGUUAAAGAAACAGGGGGCUAUCCCUUUCGUUAAAACGAACAUUCCGCAGUCCAUGAUAAAUUUUGAUUGCAGUAACUCCAUCUAUGGACAGACUGUGAACCCGCACAAUCACAAGAAGACCUGCGGAGGUUCUAGCGGCGGCGAGGGAGCUCUGAUUGCAGCAGGAGGAGCCAUCCUUGGUGUUGGCAGUGAUGUGCUUGGCAGUAUUCGAAUUCCAUGCAGCUUCUGUGGAGUUUGUGGCCUGAAACCAAGUGGGAACAGGCUGAGCCCACAAGGAUUUUCUUCACCAGUUAGUGGAAUGAGCUCAGCUAUCAUGAUGCCAGGACCCAUGGCACGGGAUGUGGACAGUCUAGCUCUCUUUAUGAAAGCAGUCUUGUGUGAUGAUAUGUUCCAGUUGGACCCCCAUGUACCUCCACUUCCAUUCAAAGACGAGGUUUAUAACAGCUCAAAGCGUUUGACAAUUGGAUUUUAUGACACCGAUGGCUACUUCAUGUCGUCACCUGCUAUGAGAAGAGCAAUUCAGGAAACAAAAACUCUUCUAGAGGAAAAGGGUCAUAAGCUGGUUCCAUUCACUCCUCCUCGGAUGGAAUAUGCUCUCAAUGAACUGUGCAUUCGAGGGUUCUUUGCUGAUGGAGGGACCACCUUCUUAGACAAAUUCAAAGUAGACAUCGUCGAUCCCAACUUAAAACAGCAAAUUCUAUUGUACAAAAUUCCUACCCUGGCAAAGAAGAUUAUGUCUUUUUUCAUGCGGCCCGUGUUCCCACGAAUUGCAAACCAUAUAAAUGCACACUGUGGCGUGGGUUCUGUUAAAGAACUAUGGAAACAUAACACUGCAAUACAGGAAUAUCGCGGUCAGUACCUUGCCGAAUGGAGGAAGCUUGGCCUGGAUGCUCUGCUUUGCCCUAUACUGGGACCGGCUUUUAACAUUGGAUGCCCUGGAAAACUAUUUGCUGGUUUUAGCUUCACCAUGCUAUUUAAUAUAUUGGAUUUUCCUGCUGGUAUUGUCCCUGUGACCACGGUUACCUCCGAAGAUGAGGAAGAGCUGAAAAAUUACAAAGGUUAUUAUAACGAUCCCUGGGACAAAGAGGUUAUUAAGGGGAUGGAAGAUGGCGUGGGACUGCCCGUGUCUGUUCAAUGUGUGGCAUUAAAGUGGCAAGAAGAGCAAUGCCUCCGUCUGAUGAAGGAGGUGGAGAGCGUGACUCGUGGCCACCUAAAGAAAUGAAGAAUUUAUUUCUGAAAUGGUUCCAGGCUUGGCAGCUGGAUGACCCUAAUAUUCAAAUAAAUUCUAUUUCUAAUUCUAACGUAUUACUGGGAGAAAAUAUAAUCCGUUAGAGAUCUGGCUGUCACGUUUAUUGGAAUGUCUGCCAGAAUGCUCUUAUAUAACACCUGGCCAUCCCAGGACAAUACUAGCCCUCUGGUAUAUAUUAUCAUUUAAACCACAUUUGAAAUGUUAUUAGAAUGGUGCUUUGUAACAUCCACACAUGGGAGAAAUGUUAUCCUCAGAAUAAAAUAAAAAAAGCUAGAAUUAUUUUUUCUUAAAUUGGGAUUGGCGAGUUAAAAAAAUAUAAGAUUGUAUUAAGAUUCAAGCAUUAUAUUUAAAUAUAGUUAUAUACAAAAGGCAUUCACGAAAAGGAAUGAUGGAAAAAAAUUAUAUUUAUAUGGUAGAAUUGCCACCCCAUUCAAUGUAAUAAGUUACAGAUUCUAAUUUUCUGUGUUACCUUUUUGGUGCUUUGUUAAGUCCUACAUUUUACUUAUAGAAAUAAAAUACAAACAGCCAAUAAGAGCAAAGCUAAAA